AUGCUGGAUGAGUACUUUGAGGAGCAGAUGAAGGAGAUCAUCAGGAUGUGUGCCUACCAGACAGACCAUGCUCUUCUCUGCCACCAUGAGCGAGGAAUACAGACACAACCUACUUGGCGUCGGGUCUCUCUGAAGCAGCCAGUGCGUAAUCUUUGUGAAAAGCAACACAGACGUGGCGCCCUACAGGAGUUUGUCAGGAUCCGACCAGCCAAGAAAGGAGACAAGGAGGCCGUUGUGGGCGCCCUGCUGACGCAGACGUUCCAGGACCACGUGAUGGUGUUCACCCAGACUAAGAAGCAGGCCCAACGGAUGCACAUCCUCCUGGGCCUGAUGGGGCUAAAGGUGGGGAAGCUGCACGGGAACCUGUCCCAGACCCAGAGACUGGAGAGCCUCAGGUGAUCAACUUCACCAUGCCCAACACAAUGAAGCACUACAUUCACAGGGUGGGCCGCACAGCCAGAUCCGGCAAGGUGGGUUGCUCUGUGUCCAUGGUGGGCGAGACAGAGAGGUAGAUGCUCAAGGACAUUGUCUGGAAGGCCAAUACUCCUGUGAAGGCCCGUG